GUGGGGGCUUGGGCGCGGCUCUUGCAGUGGUGUGCUUCUUGCCACUGUCAUAAUAAAUAAGCAAAUAAGCAUGCCUUUGUGGGAAGGAGCCAAGUCUCGAGCACUGCAAUAAACUGAGGUGAUACAGCUUACAAGUGAACGUAAUAGUCUCAAUGGGUGCAGAAACAACGGCAGCAUUUGUUGCGGUGGAAGCUCCGGUGAUUGUUGGCCUUCAGCCUUCUGCACUGGUUGAUCAUAUGGCGAGGGUAGACUGGUCUGUUCUUCACAUUCCCGGAGAGACUGGUGGUUCACUCCCGGUUGCUAUCGAAGAGCUGGAGUACAUACUUAGUCAGGUGAAGAUACACCUUCAAUCCUCAAAUGGCCAAUCCCCUCUGAAGACGAUUGCAGGAGGUAGCGUUGCCAAUACAAUUCGCGGUCUAGCUUCUGGAUUUGGCAUUACAUGUGGUAUCAUUGGUGCAUGUGGGAACGAUGAACAAGGGGAACUGUUCUUGCAGAACAUGAAAUACAACAAUGUGAAUCUCUCCAACUUGAUAGCCAAAAAGGGCGCAACUGCACAAUGUGUGUGUUUAGUGGAUGGAACUGGUAACCGUACAAUGCGACCUUGUCUGUCAAGUGCAGUUAGACUACAGGCAGAUGACUUGAGAGGAGAUCACUUCAGAGGUUCCAAGUGGCUGGUUUUGAGAUAUGGGAUUUUCAAUUUGGAAGUGAUCCAUGCUGCUGUUAGGAUUGCCAAGCAAGAACAGGUUUUGGUCUCCCUGGAUUUGGCCAGUUUCGAGAUGGUGCGGAACUUCAGGCAACCCCUUUUGGAGUUACUGGAGUCCGGUAAUGUUGACCUCUGUUUUGCUAAUGAGGAUGAAGCAAAAGAGGUGGUAAGGGGUGAGGGUGAGGGGCAUACUGAUCCUGAAGCUGCUCUAGAUUAUCUGGGAACACGAUGCAAAUGGGCAGUAGUAACGCUAGGUUCUAAAGGUUGCAUAGCAAAGCAUGGAAACCAGGUAGUUAGAGUUCCUGCAUUAGGAGAGACACAAGUAUCCGAUGCCACGGGAGCAGGAGACCUCUUUGCAAGCGGAUUCUUGUAUGGAUUGUUGAAAGGAUUAUCCCUCGAGGACUGCUGCAAAGUAGGCGCUUGCAGUGGCGGAUCAGUGAUCCGUUCACUAGGAGGCGAAGUGUCACAGGAGAACAGGCAUUGGAUGUAUAAACAGAUGCAAAUCAAUGGUCUCUCUGUUCCCGAACUCGGCCUCUGAUUAAUCUCCUCCGAGACAGAAUAAGCAUUACAGUAUUAUUGCAUUCUCUGUGAUGCUUGCUUGUUCUAUCUCCAGCAACCUCUUUGCUCCUUUUCUUUUUUACAAGGACAGCCAUGUAGUCCAUCUUCUGGAAAAAAGUGACGAACAAACUUGCUAGUCCUAAUUUACUUUAACUUGGCUAUCUACUGGUAUUUUGUUA